GGUCCCGGCAGAGCGCAGGCGUGUUAUCGACCUGCGGAGUGUCAGCCUAGAUGCAGGAUACUGGAUUACUGGGGCCGACGAAUAGCCUCGGGGCUGGAUCGCGCCGUACCGUGAAGGUGCGGCAAGGCGCGGCGCGGCGCGGAGAGGCAAGGCGAGGUACGCGUGACACGGAACGUCGAACGCGCAACAAGCCGUCCGCUACGACAAACCGUUUCGCGGCGUCUCGUCGUCUCGAAUCAGUCCGUCCCGACGCCCGCCGCCGUCGGUAUAUCGCCGUCGAUCGCCUCGCGCCUCGACGUCUGCACCUGCAGGUGCAGCAACCAGGAAGCCGCGGAUCGACUCGAGAAGGACCGGGGAUCACCUGCCGUCCAUGAAAUCCCCCCGAAACCGUCGCUAGCGGCUCCGCUCUACGCGUCGUCAUUGCUUCAAUCCUCGCGCCGAAUACCCCGGCUUCUCACCCAGAAAUCGAGGCCUACGCAACGGGGGGGCCGCCCUUCGCCCCCCCGAAGAUGGGACCGAUCCUCCAUGAGCGCUGAGCCGGCGGUCCCUUGGCUUCCGACUUCUUUUGCGCACCCCCGCCCCCACCCCAACCCUCGCCGUCACCCCCACCUCCGAUCCCCGCCGGGUGCAACACGUAACCAACGGAUUUUCAAGGCCACGUAUGGAGUUUGCCCGACGAUUACUGAAAUGCAGGCUAUUCCGCGAAGCUUUUAUACCGAAUUUAAACCGUGCGGUUUUACCGCAUCUUUGCAAAGGACGGAAGUUUCUCGCACUCAUGCAGCGGAAGGUGAUCGUGAUACCGCAACACGUGAGCCAUUGACUGAGAAAGAAAUUUACAGCGAGGUCCCAAUCUACAUACCGACCAGUGAUUCUGUACUCUGUGGUAAUUGGCGGGAAAUUUGAAAAUUUCUUUUCUUGGCUCGGUGUUUUCAACGGAUACGUGACUCGACGGAUUCUGUGUAUCGUUGUUCGAAUUGACCAAUCAGGUUUUGGCGAACGCGGUUUUUUAAGGUGACCGUUAUCUCGAAGCAUUUAUCCGUGGAUAAUAGCAGUCGUUUUCCCUCUAUAAUUUCUGCGUAGUUUUCGUUUCGGCUUCUUUGCGAGUUCUCCUCGUUAUUUUCGGAGACAGCCGAGAGUCGGGAGAGCUGGGCUUCCGAGUGAUCAGAGGCGAUGUGCUAACGCUCCGUUGCACGCAGCGCGCUCAACUAGCCCCUCGUAGAUAAACUGGUCCAGCGAAGCGUACAGCGGCGGCGGUUCGGAGCUGAAACGCGGAAUCGGCGGGGCGAGGGCGAGAGGGUGAGAGGGUGAGAGGGUGAGAGGGCGAGGGCGAGGUGGUAGGGAAAACCCGAGGGCGCUGCGACGGCGUUGCGUCCCCACCGGCCCCGUGGAUCCGCGGACCAAAGUCUCGCUUUCCCGCCUAGUUCAGAAGUGCGCCUUCCGAGAAUCGUGCCGCGGCGAGCCGACAUGAAGACUGACGGCAACAACGGCUACCUCAGGACCAACGUCGUCCCCGAGGACAGCGAGCUCCUUCCAGCUUCCGUCGGACACCAGGGACCGGCUUCCGGUGUACCGCUUCAGGUGACAAUCGGCCCUCGAGGAGUCGCAGCAGCCAGCAUAACUCAUCACGGUGGAAGCAAUAUUCAGGGUUCGAUUGGCGGUGGUGGAGUUCCAAGAGGAAGAAGUCAUGUGUCCUUGAACAGGCAGCGACUGCUCGGUGUGUUGGCCUUCACUCUCGUCGCAAGUUGCUUGCUCACUCUUCUGCUCCUCGGUCUGAAUACGUCGCGUGAAUGCGAUCAGGAAAUAGUGCCCAAGGUGUGCAUGACCGAGGAGUGCGUGCGAACAGCCGCCAGCCUCCUCUCGGCGAUGGAUCAAACCGCAGCGCCAUGCGUGGACUUUUUCCAAUACGCCUGCGGCACUUGGAAUCGCCUUCACGUCAUUCCCGAGGAUCGCAGCUCGAUAAGCACCUUCGAAGUGCUCGCUGACCAACUCCAGGUCAUCCUUAAACGAGUCCUCGAAGAGCCGCCGAACGAAGACGACAACGCCGCAACCCUGAAGGCCAAAAUGUUCUACAAGUCCUGCGUCGAUAUCCCUCGAAUACGAGAGAUCGGUGAUGCUCCGCUCAGGACGACCCUUCGGGGACUCGGGGGGUGGCCGGCAGUCGAGGGUGCCUCCUGGAUCCCUCCGCCGUAUCCGGUCGAGGUCCUGUUGGGCCGCCUUCGUGGCGAGUACAACGAGGGAGUGCUUCUGGAGCAGUGGGUCGGACCCGACGACAAGAACUCCUCCGCGAACAUCCUCCAGCUGGAUCAGAUGCAGCUGGCUCUUCCAAGCCGCGACUAUUACUUGAAGGCCAGCAGCCAGGCUGAGCUGAAGGCCUACCACCGUUACAUGACGAACGUCGCAAUCCUCCUCGGAGCAAAUCCAGAGACUGCGGCGGCAGAAUUCGACCAAGUAAUCGUCCUCGAGAAGCAGCUUGCUAACGCGUCGCUUCCGGAAGCUGACAGACACGAUACCUCCGCAAUUUAUCGAAAGCUGACUCUCCGCCAGCUCCAAGAGGAAGUCCCUCAGCUGAACUGGCAUGUCUAUCUAACGGCCUUUCUGACCGCUCCGAUAACGGAGGAUGAGCCCGUCGUUACGUACGCGAUGCCCUACUUCGUCCAGAUGGGCCGCAUCCUUGAAAACACCGACCAGAGGACCCUCCACAACUAUGUCCUUUGGCGCCUGGUCAUGUCGAUAAUGCCGCACAUGAUCGACGACUACCAACAGAAGCGAGUAGAGUUUCGUAAAAUCCUCCUGGGAAUCCUGAGCGAGCGGAACCGCUGGUCUCAGUGCGUUGAAUGGACAAACAAGAAGCUGGGUAUGGCAGUUGGCGCACUAUUCAUCCGGGACAACUUCAACCACGAGAGCAAGGAGACCGCGCUGGAGAUGAUUCACACUAUCAGAGAGGCCUUCAACGAACUUCUGGCUGAGAAUCAUUGGAUGGACGACGAGACGAGGGCCGUGGCGAAGAGCAAGGCCGAUUCGAUGAACGAGCGUAUCGGGUAUCCAGAGUUCCUCAAGGACUCGGUUGAGCUUUCGAAGGAAUACGUCAUGCUCAACAUCACGGACCAUCGUUUCCUUGAGAACAUACUGGCGGUUCUGAAGUACGACGCGUACCACAAUCUACAGAAGUUGAGGCAGCCGGUAGACAAGGACAAAUGGUCGACCGAACCGGCGGUUGUCAACGCUUUCUACAACCCCAACAAAAACGACAUAGUAUUUCCCGCGGGUAUACUACAGCCGUUAUUCUAUUCGCAACACUUUCCCAAGUCCCUAAAUUACGGCGGUAUCGGUGUCGUCAUCGGGCACGAGAUCACCCACGGUUUCGACGACAAGGGGCGCCAGUUCGACAAGGACGGUAACAUGAUGCAGUGGUGGAACAAUGCCACUAUCAAGGCAUUUCGCGAACGCGCGCAGUGUAUAGUUGACCAGUAUUCCCGCUACAGACUUCAGGAAAUUGACCUUUACGUAAACGGCCGGAUGACUCAGGGCGAGAACAUCGCCGAUAACGGUGGUCUCAAGCAGUCCUUUAGGGCUUACAAAAAGUGGGUUUCCAUUCACGGAGAGGAGCCGCUGUUGCCAGGUGUGAAUUUGACGCACGAUCAGCUGUUCUUUUUAAAUUAUGCCCAGAUUUGGUGCGGCUCGAUGCGCCCGGAGGACGCAUUGACAAAGAUCCGUAGCAGCGUGCAUUCGCCGGGUCCGGUGCGGGUUUUGGGCCCACUUUCUAACAGCCAGGAUUUUGCGCGUGCCUUCAACUGCUCACCGGGCUCGCCGAUGAACCCGACUCACAAAUGCAGCGUCUGGUGAGCGGGACGCUAAACUGCAGGAAUGAGUUGCAAACGUAUUUUGAAAAACGUGGACGCGCUGCUGAUCCCUAUAAUUCGCAUCGCGGAGCGUACAAAAAAAACCGAUUCUGUACGGUGAGAAAUGGCGAAUGAUAAAAAAAAAAUUUCCACACUGAAGGGGCGGAUGAAAGAUAUACAUACCUUAACAAAAUCUGGAGAAGAAUGACCAGUGUGACGUAUUGAAUAACAGACGCCUGAAGUCUAGUCCAAAGUAAUUGUUUCAUUGUCUUUUGUCACUGUGAAUUACUUUCAUCUUCUCUGGUUUUCUUUUGGACUAGUCAAUUGGGUGAUCGUGUGUAAAUAACAUGGAUCUUCGAAAGCUCCGUUAGUCCGAUAAUGGAGGGACAGUGAUAAAAAAAAAAAGGAAGACCGUCUAUCUGUAAAAUUACACAUAAGUUACCGGCCAUUCUUUGUCAAUUUAAUAAUACAACUUUUCAAUCAUCACUCGGUGAAUUUCGAUUCACAACCAGUACUCUUUCCUUAAAAUUGGUCUGGCUGGAGAGAUCGGUAGAUAUAACGUAUUGCCGAAUGUAUAAUAAGAAAAAAAGCUGUUCAACGUGACAGAUUUUUUUUUUUACUACGGCAAAGAUUUACGAAUAUUUAUGUACUUAUAUUGAUAUGAUGUAUGCUAAUGCCACCAAAUAAUCAUUUGAUGAUCUCAGCUAUAUAAUUUUAUACUUUGCUUGUGUUUCAGUCGAGUGAUUGUAAUCAUUAUACACGGAUUGUCCACCUUUCUUUCUUCACCUGUAAUUACAAGUUAUGUAUUCGUAUAAUCGUAUUCAUUAUUGCGAUAUUCCAUACGGUUAUCUUACUUGCUGCAGUUGGAACAGAACGAAGAACUAGGCGACACUUCGUGGAUAUGGAUAAUUGAAUCGUAACUUUUUUACAAUUGAUUCGAUUCCCGCAUUGUAUAUUUAUGUGUAAAUAUAUGUAGCCGUACGUUCCGUACCCAUAGUGCAUAAAGUCUACCUUAUAAAAUUUAAUUUCACGUACUAGGAUACGUAAUAUGAUAACGAUGAUAUAGUUCAUUGGAUAUUUUUAUGAAGCCUAACUUGUAAACUAAUAUACAUAAAUGUAUAUUCAAAAACUGCACUUACGGCUGUAAAAAAAUUCGUAGCAUUGAAUUGUUCAAGCGCAUGAUAUCUUUCACAAUCAACUUGCCUACAUCCGUAAAAAUCCUGACAAUAUUUCAACAAUUUGUUCCCUAAACACUGAACCAUCUCACGAAACCCUGGCAAUAUCAUUCCGUGUCUUUUACCAGGUUUUCGGACCCUGCGUAAAAAAGGAAUAUAAAAAAAAAAAAAUAUUGAUUAAAACGUUAUAUAAUCACUGAUUGCACAAAGCGGUGAAUUUUAUCUUCCUACAGCAGAGAUACUUACCUGUCAGAUGUACAUUGUGCUUGAUUCGAUCGAGGAAAUCUUAUUUUUUGGGGAACGUGGGAAUUUAAAAUAUACGUAUAAACCUGUGCGAUGUGUAAAAUAUGUAUGUACAUACAUAUACGGCAUACGCAGAGAGAUAUAUGCAUAUGAAGAAUGCCCGUUGGCAAUGUGUAUUUGUUGAAAGAUUUAAUCUAAUAUUGGAACAUAUCAUCCAUACAUGGCAUGGUUCAUGCUGAUCUUGCGUUUUGUGUAAUAUAAAAAAAAAAAAGGAAAAAAAAAACAUGGUGGAAAUAAAAAUAAUAUACAACAGACAAUAGGAUUCGUUUCACCUUAUGUGUACGCAUGUAUACGCGUAGUGUACCUACAUCUUCACCGCACGCUGCAACCUACAUUAAUAUCCAUAUAAAAAUGUGAUUUAGUCAAAAAUUUGUACAUAUUGCACGGUCCAAUAAGAAUUAAUUAAUUAAUUAAUUAUUAACAAUUAAGAUUAUUAAUGUUAUUAAUAAUAAUUAAUAAUAAUAAUGAUAAUAUAACAUGAGGAGAGUAACUUGGUCAACUACGUCACUUAAAUACACGAAAUAAAAAAUCAUCAAAAUAACGUAUCAUGCAUAAUAAUAAUAAUAACAACAACAAUAAUAAUAAUGAUAAUGAUAAUAAAAAAUAAAAAUAAUAAUAUUAAUCGUAAUAAUACAGUCAGAGCAGCUUAUUGUACUCCUUUUCGUUAAAUGGGUCAUAUUGGUCAAAGCGAUAGGGUCUUAUCUACAGCCGUUGAUGGAACGCGCAGCGGGCAUGGCUAAUGCUUAAGCCAACCUCUGUUUAUAAUGUACAGAGACAGAAAUUAGCUUUCGAAUAUUUACGUAUGUAAGUCUCAUUGUCAGCAAGUGUGUGACCGAAUUGUGUUGAAAUAAUUAUAUUUUCUGUGACGUUACACGGUGGAGCGAAAUUGUGGGACAUAACGUGGAUGUUAUUGUUAUUAGGAUUUGUUUCUUCUUCUUAUUCUUCUUUUCAUUCUAACCGAAACUUGCGCGAAGUCAUCAUCUCGAACGUACAAUUUGAUUUUGUUUUUUUUUUUCGUCCAGCUGAUCAUUCAAUUCACAUAAUCGUAUUCGCCCUAAUUUCAGUCAACGGAAACGAAUGUCAAUCGUCGAGAUUAGAUUAUACGGUUUAUUUCACUUUGCGCACGUACGUAGACGGCAGGUUUUCUUCUUCUUCUUCUUCUUCUUUCUUUCUUUCGUUCUUAUUAGACCGGUUGGAAACGAAAAACGUGACGCGAGAUUAAAGCCAGUAGUGGUGGUAUUGCGUAUGGAUCUUCGGUGAAUGAUUAAAUAAUUAUUAUUUUAACA